GAAGUCGAAUACCUAAUAAAACUGGUCAAAGAUGUUGGCAAUAAACUUGUUCUAGCUCAACCGCGCGAACUUGCUGUUGGGAAUAUUGUUCGUCGUGUUUUAAGAUUAAUUCGAGAUUGUUCCAAUGGAGAUGACAAUUUUAGUGUUAGCGAUAGUCCUGUUGUUGCUGGCAAGGACGAACUAGAUGACGAAGAUGAUGAGUUUGAAGAGGAAGAAAAACCUAAACGGUCCUACGCCCAACGUCAAUUAAGUUUCUACGACGGUGGAUCGGGAUCGAGAUUUUUUGGAUCGAGUUCUUCAAUGAUCAAUUUAUUAGGUGAUAAUACAAUUUCUGGAAUGAAAACUUCAUUGGACUAUGAGAAGG